CUCGCGGGAACAAAUCUUUGCACAUUCACAUGGCUGCCUCCUGCCAGCGAUUACACACCAAAUCUGAGGUUUAGUUGCCAACAUUCCUCAGUCGACCCCACUGCUCCGUCAAACGGUGCGGCGUCCCUGCUUCGACCACACGGGACACGGCCAGAGGAGGGACAUCGCCAACAACAGAGACAGCUCAUUCUGGUCCUCUUUGAGGAUUUUCAACAGAAACUGACUAAAGAGCAAAUGAGGAGAUUUGACUAACAGCAAAUAGUUUACAUUACUUCCAGCUGCCUGAGCAGAGAGGAGGCCUCUCGCAUCAAACGGUUGCAGCCGGCUCAACCGAAGGAGUUUGAGGAAAACCAGAGCUGAAGAACUUUCCUCUUCCUGGACUCUUCCUGUGUGCAGCACUUCAUUUGUUUUAUUUUUUGGCUUGAAUAUCUUCCCAAAAUAUCCUCAUAAAAAACGGAUUCUUUCAGCCACCUGGAAGUCUUUUUUUUUUUUUUAUGCUUCAAAGAUGGACCUUUUACCGGACAGUUCCCGUUUGCGCUCAGACAGCACAAGCAGCUCUGCGUCCCAGAGCUCCAGGUCCAAGACGGUCCUCCGCCAGCGCCUGUCCCAGCUGAUGACCUGCGUAGAGGACAUGAGUUCUGACGACGAAGCCGGCGAGGAGGUGUCCCGCACGCUGGACGAAGCCUUUCAGCUUUGUGGACGAUUGCUACCCACAGAUGCCUUCAGGCUGCACAUGGUCACCUGGAAUGUGGCUACAGCAGAACCUUCAGAGGAUGUCGCCUCAUUGCUGCAGCUAAACGAUCAACCGCCCAUAGACCUCUACGUGAUCGGCCUGCAGGAAGUUAUCGCCACGCCUGUGAGAUUCAUCUCAGACCUGAUGGCAGAAGAUUCCUGGAGCCAUCUUUUCAUGGACACACUGGGACCCGAAGGCUUUGUGAAGGUCACUUCAGUGAGGAUGCAGGGUUUGCUGCUGCUGGUUUUUGCCAAAAUGAUGCAUCUCCCAUUCAUCAGAAACAUCCAGACCACCUACACUCGCACCGGCAUCUUUGGCUACUGGGGUAAUAAAGGUGCCGUAUCUGUACGGUUUUCCUUCUAUGGCCACAUGGUGUGCUUCGUGAACUGCCACCUUGCAGCUCACAUGCACAACGCCCUGCAGCGCGUUGAUGAGUUUGAGUACAUCCUGGAAACACAAGACUUUGACAUCUUUGACACCCCCCGGGUCCUGGACCACAAGGUGGUGUUCUGGUUUGGUGAUCUGAACUUCCGUAUCGAAGACCACGGAUUGCAUUUUGUCCGCUCAUCCAUCAAUGGUGGGCGCCUCAAUCUGCUGUGGAGCAAGGACCAGCUCCUCAUGAUGAAGAAAAAGGAGCCCUUCCUGCAGGAGUUUGAGGAAGGGCCGCUGAAUUUUAAACCCACCUACAAGUUUGACCGUAAAGCUGAAACCUACGACACCAGAACGAGCAUUGUGGCACUGCCCCUAACCAUGUACAGACCCAGGCCCCUGCAGCGCUGCAGUACCACCCUCCUCUUCCUCCUCACCUCCCUCUUCUGGGGAGGGGUCUGUUUCUGGUUGGGGGCUUGGUAUAGAGAAUUAAACCCACCAAGCGGCAAGAAGAGGAAGCCAGCCUGGACGGAUCGGAUCCUCUGGCGGAUCAAACCUAAAACCCUCCCGUCAGACGAGGAUGAUGAGGACGACGAGAAGGCUUCCACUUCCACAGACAAUGGGCAGGAUGAGUAUCCAAUCAUGGUCACCCAGAACACAUACACCAGCGUCAUGAGCUACGGCGUGAGCGACCACAAGCCGGUCAUCGGAAAUUUCACUCUGGAGCUGAGGAAAUACUUCGACACACAGCUGGUACACGUGGCGCCUGUGGGCGAAUGGAGCGCAGACCAAAAUGCUCUUCUGACUUACACCGUCCAAGAGGACUUUAUGUCGUCCACGUGGGACUGGAUCGGCCUCUACAAGAUCGGAUUCAAGAAUGCGUCUGACUAUGAGACCUUCGUCUGGGUCAGAGAGAAUGAGCUGCCAGAGGUUAAUGAAGUCAUAGAGAAACCUGUGGAUAAAGAUGAGAUCCCUCUGCUAAGCGGAGAAUAUGUGCUGGGCUACUACAGCACCAACCUGAACAGCAUCGUUGGCCUCAGUGACACCUUUCAGAUCCUGGAGUCAAAGCGUGCUGCCAUGGAAGGUCUUGUACCAAAAGACGUCAAUGGGAUCAACUGAGAAAGAAAUGUCCCCAAUUUAUACUUCUGUGCUAUGAUUGUGAUUCAGACUUUAAAUUGCCCAGUUACCUGAUGAGAUGGUUACUGUUUUCUUUAAGAUUCAUUCCUCUAAAACUGGAUUUUUGGUUGAGAAUAAAUACAUAAUAAAAAAAAUUAUCAAAUGAACUCACUUUAGUUAUUGACCUGAUCUGAUGAUAUGUCUGUCUUUUUAAGGUUUUAGGACAAAUAUGACUAAACAUAAGAAUAAACUUGCCGAGCUCAAAGGGUCCAUUUAGAUCAUCAUCUGUGAUUGUUUUCUGAUCAGUGGACAUGUUCUGACUCAAUUUAAUCAUUGAUUUCUUUUAGUACUCAGCACAUAUGCAGUGUCUGACUCACACUGUUACUAUUUUAUGAGAUGUGCAUAGUUGAUUAAGAAAAAUCCAUUUGAAAUUUGACUUUCCAGAAAAGUUCCUGGGGAUUAUCAGCACUAACACAACUUGAGAGAAGAGAUUCAAAUGCAUACCUCCUCAUCAAAGACAAAAUGACAAAUGUGUCUAAUGUCUGUGAAAACACGUGUCCUAAAUCUGUCAUGACAGCGAACGGCAACAAGAUUAAAGUACCUUUUAUACGUGAAUGUGCAUCAGAAGAUAUUAACCAUUUAUUUUUGUCUAAAUUUAUUGUCCCUCAGUGGUGUGGUACAAGUUUCUGUUGUUGCACAAGGGAUCCUUUUAAUGUGAAAACAUGUUAGAACUUUGUAAUUAUCCACGAUAUAUUGUAACAUAUAUCACAAAAUAUAUGUUCUUGAUCACUUUUGUAUCGUAAAAAUAAUUUUAUUUUAUUGCAUUUUAUCUUAUGUCAAAUGAGAAUAUGUUUUUCAUGAUAAAAAUAAGAUAAAUAUCUAAAAGA